CUCGUUUUGAACCAAACCAGACCUCGAAACUCACACACUCUCUCUGUGUUUGUGUAUAUUUUUUUUUUCCUUUCCCUUUUCUUUUCUCGCCUUCCGCUCCAAAAUCCCAUCUUUUUCAGUCUCUGCUCUGAACUGGCUGUUGUUUAAGAUUUAGUAUAGCCUAUCCAUCCCGACCCACAAAACAAGCGCCCAUGUUUCUACAAUGUAUCUCAUUCAUCUUUCUGUUCUUCCUCGCCCCUUUUCCGGUUGCUGUUUGAUUGUAUGAAGUGGUGAAACGAUGAGAGAAGAUGGGAGCUCAAAGAAGAGCAAGCUUUCAUGGCCUAAGACGUUAGUCAAGAAAUGGUUCAAUCUCCAGAGCAAAGAUGGGGAUUUUCAUGCUGAUGAAAUCAUUUAUGGAGGCGUUGAUGAAGAAUGGAGGAACAAUUUACCUGAGAGGGAGCAGCCAUACACAGUCAAGAAAAGCAACACGGAAAAAUUGACUGCUCGAAAUCCAGAGUGUAUGAGAAGAAACGAGUUUGAGUUUGAUUCCACUCAAAUUACAGAUGUUCAAGAUUAUAGGAUCUUUGUGGCAACAUGGAAUGUGGGUGGAAAGUCACCCCCGAGUUACUUGAAUCUUGAAGACUGGCUGCAUACGUCGCCUCCUUCUGAUAUUUAUGUUCUUGGGUUUCAAGAGAUUGUUCCGUUGAAUGCUGGAAAUGUGUUGGGCACGGAGGAUAAUGGCCCUGCUAGGAAAUGGCAAGCCCUUAUUAGGAAAACUCUCAACAGCCUUCCUGCCUCUGGUGGUGGUGGAGAUGGUGGAGGUGGUGGUGUUGUUUUCAAUACACGAUCCACGAGUCCUUAUGAACUAUAUGAUGACCUUAAAGGGCCAAACAGAGAACAAGAUCCUUCUUUCUUUCCCCGUCACUCUGUGCAGUCUGUGAGCCAAAGCAUGAGAAUGAUGGGAAGUGGGAUUUCAGUGGCACAACCUAAACUUGAUCCUAGAUUCAGCAUGUGCGAUCGGGUUAUGUAUGGUCAUAGGCCAAGCGAUUAUUAUGAUCAAAAUGCAAGGUGGGAUGCUUCCUCUGAUGAUGAAGAUGGGCCAAGUGAUUCGUUUUGUGCACAGUACUACAAUGCCUCUGUCUCCAUUGAGGACAAAGACAAGAAUCCGGGCCAGUCAAGAUAUUGUCUUGUGGCUAGCAAACAGAUGGUUGGGAUACUUGUCACGGUAUGGAUAAAGACGGAACUGAGAGAUGCUGUGCGCAAUCUGAAGGUGUCUUGUGUUGGGAGAGGGCUGAUGGGUUAUCUUGGUAACAAGGGCUCGAUCUCAAUAAGCAUGUCUUUGCACCAGACAAGCUUCUGCUUCAUCUGUAGUCACUUGACCUCUGGGGAGAAGGAUGGAGACGAGCUACGAAGGAACUCUGAUGUCAUGGAAAUAUUGAGGAAAACCAGAUUCCCAGAAGUCCAUGCCACGACAGAUGAGAGCAAAUCCCCUCAAACAAUCCUUGAUCAUGAUCGAGUGAUAUGGCUUGGGGACUUGAACUAUAGAAUUGCACUUUCGUACCGAUAUGCAAAGGCUCUUGUAGAGAUGCGCAAUUGGAGAGCGUUGUUAGAAAACGAUCAGCUUAGGAUAGAACAGAGAUAUGGGCGUGUUUUUGCAGGAUGGAACGAGGGGAAGAUCUACUUCCCUCCUACGUACAAGUAUUCAAACAAUUCAGACAGAUACGCAGGAGAAAAUAUGCGUCAAAAGAAGAAACGAAGAACACCUGCAUGGUGUGAUCGUAUAUUAUGGCACGGCCAUGGUCUCAGACAACUCUCAUAUGUUCGUGGGGAGUCGAGGUUUUCAGAUCACAGACCAGUCUGCAGUAUGUUUUUGGCAGAAGUCGAGUCCACCAAUUGUGGCCGUUUCAAGAAAAGCACGAGCUAUUCUAGCGCUCGGGUUGAGAUAGAGGAGCUCCUCCCUUACUCACAUGGAUACGAUCAACUAUAUUUAUUCUGAAAACCAUAUCAAAUCCAAGUUCCUGCAAGAAAUCCUCACCUUUUACUGCAUAAAUGAGCAGCAAACCAUAAAGAUGAACCCUAUAAAACAUGGAUAGAGAUCAUUCUUCAACAUAUUUGGGGUUUAUGGCUCAAAGUAUGAAAAAAAUUAAAAGUGGCCAAAAGUUCUAAAAAUCACAACCAAUAACGAGGAUGGAGCGAAUCAGUAUAUAUGAUUGAGAAGUCUGUGUAAAUGCCGCCCGCAGGGGCGCAGCGCAGUUGGCAAUGGAGGGGCAGAUCUUGCUGCAAUGAGUCUGGGUUCGAAUCUCACUCUUAGGCACAAGUGUGAGGCCUUGGAGAUGGGCUUCUGGCAGCCAGUGGGUUAAGGCCUCCCCCUUAACGGGCUACUGCGUACCCUGAUUGAACCCCCUCACAUGAUGUCGGGCCGGAAUCGCCUUU